AGGAUCAGAGACUAACUACCCCCAUCAUGGAUCUCGACUUUGAAGAUGAAGCGUUCCCCUACCCAAACAGGAUCACAAGGGAUACCUUUUUGAAGGAUUUACACGUUGAUCCUGAGAACCCAACGCAGUCCAUAGCCAACAUCAAAGAGAUCCCGUUUGACGUUGACAAGUUUCUCUACGAACAUUAUAGGUAUAGUCAAUUGGACGAGCUGCAAAAGGAGCUGAAAGCACUCGUCACUGAACUGGACCAGGAGCUGUUCGACAUGGUCAACAAUGACUACUUUGACUUCAUAAACCUGGGAAAGACGCUUGACGGAGGUGAGGAACUUGUGGAUCAACUGAGAGGGGACGUUUCCAAGUAUAAGAAGAAACUCGUUGACGAGGACGCAAAGCUCAAGAUCUCCAAGGAGCAUGUGGAAAGGUCGUUAAGUGAUAUUAAGAAACUUCAGCAGUUGAAGCAACAUGCUCAGAACAUGCUUCUGCUUGACAAUUUCAUCACCAAGUUUGAAACUUUGUUGAACCAGAAUAAAGAGACAAUCCAAAUAGAAGUUCUGAAACAGCUAACGUCCCUAUAUCUCACGAUCCACCAGAUCGUCGCUUCGCUGCCACAGUACCAGUUCGUCCUGCACAAGAUGGCCACCAUCAACAUCCUGAGAUACGAAUUCAAAGCCGUGCUCAACGAGUAUCUCAGAGGCAUACGCUCGCACAACCCCUCCUUCAAAGAAGUCGUGGACGUCCUGCGCAUAUACUCCAUCAUCGGAGAUGAAUCCACAGCCGUGGAAGUGCUGAAGGAGUCAAAAAGAGACGAAAACGGUGUAUAAUUGGAAUCCCAUUCACUCUACUAAGUAUAACCAUCUCGCACGCUGCGGCCCCUACCGUGCU